GCAUCGCACGGCUCGCACCAUACUCUCCCUCCCACGAAGUCCUCCUCCUCCUCCCCUCCCCUCCCCCGCGCGACCCCUCUCCCCCGCACCCGCGAGAUCUCUCUCCCGCCAUGGCGGGGAGGGGCUACCAGGGCCGCGGCGCGGGCGGCGGCGCCGGCGCCGGCGCCGGCGUGUCCAUGGCGGUGGUGAGCACGCCCAGCCAGGAGCUGGCGCUCACCAACUGCGCCUACGUCUCCCCCGCCGACAUCCGCCGCUUCCCCACCGCCCUCGCCCUCGUCGGCGACGUCCUCGUCUUCGCCCUGCGUGCCCACGAUGCCGUUGCUACUGGAAGCAUCGCCUUGAAUGCCAUUCAGCGUCGACAGGUGAAGGUUUCGGCUGGGGAUUCUAUUACCGUUAGCAGUUUUGCUCCUCCUGAUGAUUUCAAGCUGGCAUUGCUCACAUUGGAGCUAGAGUAUACUAAGGCAAGGUCCAACCGAGCUGAGGAUCUGGAUGCCGUCUUGCUUGCCCAACAACUCCGGAAGAGAUUUCUGGAUCAGGUCAUGACAAGUGGGCAACGAGUGCCAUUUGAAUUUUAUGGAACAAACUACAUAUUCAGUGUCAAUCAAGCUUUGCUAGAGGGUCAAGAAAGUUCCACGCCGUUGGACAGAGGAUUCCUGUCAAGUGAUACAUACAUCAUAUUUGAGGCGGCUCCUAAUUCAGGAAUCAAGGUUAUCAACCAAAAGGAAGCAGCUAGCAGCAAGCUUUUCAAAGAUAAAGAGUUUAACUUGGAAAAAUUGGGGAUAGGUGGGUUAAGUUCUGAAUUCACAGACAUUUUCCGUAGGGCAUUUGCUUCAAGGGUGUUUCCUCCUCAUGUUGUCAGCAAAUUGGGCAUUAAACACGUAAAGGGUAUGUUGCUAUAUGGGCCUCCUGGUACUGGCAAGACCCUCAUGGCCCGUCAGAUUGGAAAACUGUUGAAUGGAAAGGACCCGAAGAUUGUGAAUGGACCUGAAGUGUUGAGCAAAUUUGUUGGAGAAACAGAGAAGAAUGUGAGAGAUUUGUUUCUUGAUGCUGAAAAUGACCAGAAGGCACAAGGUGAUCACAGUGACCUCCAUGUUAUCAUUUUUGAUGAAAUUGAUGCUAUCUGCAAGUCUAGAGGAUCUAGCAGAGAUGGUACAGGCGUACAUGAUAGCAUUGUAAACCAGCUGCUUACAAAGAUAGAUGGUGUUGAGGCGUUGAAUAACGUGUUGCUUAUUGGAAUGACCAACCGUAAGGAUUUACUUGACGAAGCUUUAUUGAGACCAGGACGACUGGAAGUUCAUAUCGAGAUAAACUUGCCUGACGAGAAUGGUCGUUUGCAAAUUCUUCAAAUUCAUACAAGCAAGAUGAGGGAGAGCUCUUUCCUUUCUCCAGAUGUUAAUCUUCAAGAGCUAGCUGCACGAACAAAGAACUACAGUGGAGCAGAGUUGGAAGGUGUUGUUAAAAGUGCAGUUUCAUUUGCUUUGAACCGGCAGAUAAGCAUGGAUGAUCUCACUAAACCUUUGGACGAGGAAAGCAUUAAGGUUACUAUGGAUGAUUUUGUGAAUGGACUUCAUGAAAUUACUCCCGCAUUUGGUGCUUCAACUGAUGACCUCGAAAGAUGCAGGUUACAUGGUAUUGUUGACUGUGGCAAGGCACACCAGCACAUUUUUCAGAGAGCUAUGCUUCUGGUGGAACAAGUUAAAGUUAGCAGAGGUAGCCCACUUGUGACCUGUCUAUUGCAAGGUUCUGCUGGAAGUGGUAAAUCAGCUUUGGCCGCUACUGUUGGUAUUGACAGUGAUUUUGCUUAUGUCAAAAUUAUAUCUGCGGAGACAAUGAUUGGUUUCAGUGAAAGCAGCAAGUGUGCACAGAUUUGCAAGGUUUUUGAGGAUGCUUACAAAUCUCAGUUCAGCAUCAUAAUUCUUGACGACAUUGAAAGGUUACUGGAGUUUGUUGCCAUCGGACCACGUUUUUCAAAUCUGAUAUCGCAAACUCUUAUGGUCCUCCUCAAGAGGGUUCCUCCUAAGGGCAAAAACUUGCUUGUUAUUGGAACAACAAGUGAGACAACAUUUCUAGACUCCAUUGGUAUGUCUGGUGUGUUCUCGGUGACCUACGAGGUUCCCAAACUGACAAAGGAGGAUGCUGCAAAGGUGUUGCGACAUUUGAAUGUGUUCGAUGAAGCAGAUGUUGAGACAGCAGCAGAAGCGCUGGACGAUAUGCCGAUCAAGAAGCUGUACACGCUUGUCGAGAUGGCUGCGCAGGGGCCACAAGGGGGAAGCGCAGAAGCCAUCUAUGCCGGAGAGGAAAAGAUAGACCUCAACCAUUUCUUUAGCAUCUUGAGCGACAUCAUCCGCUACUGAUCACACAUACAUUUGAGGACCCUAGGCUCCACUAUAGGAAUUUGUUUACUCCAGUUUCCCCAGCUUGCUAUCUUCACAGGGUAGAGUGGUUUGAUCCCGAGUGGCCUUUUAUUGUCACGGUUCGGCGAGAGUUGUGUCUUUGCUAUGCUUCCGUCGAUAUAAAUAUUCUAUUAUCUGAAGCCUGAGGGCUUGUUUUGUUUGAGACCUAGGCGCCGUGGGUGAGAAAUAUUUACCUGGCCAUGCUAUUUGGUGAAUGGUGUUGUUGAUGACUAGGGAUACCAAUCCAUAGCUCCAGGAUGUGCUUUUAGAGUUUGGUUGAUAUAGAUAAGUUGGCAGUUUCAUCUAUAUAUCGGACAGUUAAUUUC